GGAAGAGCGAACCGUGAAAAUAUGUCACCGUCAACAGCCUCUGGACGAGCAGUCCAAUAUUCGCAUGAAGAAGAAUUCUCAACGGUUUCCCCGUUCCUUCCUGAAGAAUUUUUGAUUAACUUGCGCGAUGCUUCAGAUCAAAUAGCAUCGUCGCCCGAAGAACUACAGCACUCUGCACAACAGCACCCUGCCAAGAAUGCGAUGCAUGCACAAGAAGGCUCGGAGAAGAACGUAUCUCCUACAGGUACAAUUCCUUGGCUGUCCACGUCCACCACACGAAGAUCACGGGUUGCGUCACGAGGACGAACUCCCUUACAGUGGGUUCUCCUAGGUCUAUUAGAGGACCAACACUUCCUUCUUGCUCCCUCAGCAUCGUCUCCCUCUUCCUCAUCUACAUCGUCCUCCACCCAAGGCAGCGUCGUUGUCCCAAAUACGAUGUCUAGCACGUUCAGGAUGGAUGGUCGUACGUUAGGCGGAUCCUUUUUUGGGGGUUUGAAUUCCCCAGGUUCCAGCGGUAGGUGCAGCACUUGUUCUCCGGCUAGCGCCACCUCUGCAGGUGGCUCGACUUGUUCUCCAGGUAGCCCCACUUGUUCGCCGAGGAGCUCAUCUUCUCCAGCUGGGUCAUCUCCAGGUACAGCAGCUUCUUCUUCGAGUUCAUCAGGAGGUCAACAUGAUUCUUCUCCAGGUACAGCAGCGUCAGCUUCAGGAUAUUUCGAAUCACCAUCCGCAUUUGCGAGUCCUAUUUCGGCGUCAGACCCUAGGAAUGGCUGCGCGUCGAAUCCGACUGCUCCUGCAACAUGUAUAGCUCGUGAUUGCGCACACGCAUCAGACCCUUCUGCUGCAUGUGCAGCGGAUGAUUGCCGAACAAAUAGUAGCCUCUCUCAGAGUUGUGCAUCUUCGGAGGCUAGGAAUGCAAAUGCAUGCGCUCAAAACUGUGGUGCAAAUGACUUCCUUGGGUCCUUGAGACGGUGGCAGGUGACAAUCACCGAAUCGGGCUUAGAGCUCUUUUGUUUAAGGCUUAAAACAGAACUCAUUUUUUUACCUCUAAACAAACUUGAUAGAGUAGGAGUACCUUCUUUUGCACUGCCCUCUCUGCUUCAAAGCUCGUUCCCAAGUUUCACUUUCUUCUUUUUCUUUCUUGGGAAUCCGAAGAAAUGAAAGUCUGAAGAAAUGAAGAAUUACUCUUUUGAGCUGUCUAAUAUCGGAUGAACAUAGUGCAAGGCUAAACCUUUCGCUCAACGAAGAGGACGGUCCUGAUCGCGGUGUGUCUGAAUUCGCCCAACGCUUUCUCGUCUAUCUUCUUGAUACGCUGAGAAGCACUACUAUUAUAUCUCCUGCUGAUGUUACAACAAGAGCUGCUACUACUUCUUUGCUCAGCAGUAGUACUGCAGGAGCAACAACAACAACUCCUGUAGAGAAAGUAGAGGAUGAUGAAGGACAAGGAGAAAGAACGUCGUCAAGAACCACCACGUCGCUGGAUCUGUUGCUCAGGAGACUAGGGAACGAGUCCUUUCGCAAGGUGUUUGGUACCAUAUGGAAAGGUAUCGGAACGACGUGUCUCCUACCCUUUUCCUCAACCUGGGAAUGGUGAGGUUGACAUGAAAGUGGUUACAUCUCCGUUUCCGAACAUAAUCAAAAUCGAGGCCCUUGGUCUAAAACUGAUUUUUGCCUGAGUUGUUCAUAUAUCGUCCUAAUGAAGCUCGAACCACAUCAUUAUUUUAUACUCUGCUGCUCGUUUUCUUCAAGCAUGAGGUGGUAAAGUUUAAAGGGGCUCACUUUGUUGCAAAUUUUAUUCUUGGUAAUCUCUCAUGAUUUGAAAACUUGACUCUGGCUCUACUUUGAUUGAAUCCGGCUUGUACUCAAAUCUUACAGGCUUGAACGCUAAAGGCUGAUAUAUUUGGGUUUCUGUGUAUAGCUUCUUUUAGGCUGAAGCAAGAUGAUAGGCUGAAUGUCGUUUCUAUGCUAGUCAUUCUGAUUUGUUACAUUGAAAUGGUAUAGGUGGACGGCACUGCAUGGCAACGUUUGCUUGUUACUUGUAGUUACGCAGCAAGUGCUAGUUCUUCAGUAGGCCGACGUCUCAUUUAUCACGUGCAUCAUCUCUGCUUCUAGUACCAAGAAUGUUUAGCUAUAACCCGUGUAUGUUGUAGCACACUUUAUGAAACCACCUUGACAAUUGUCAGUAUGAAGGAAGAGCCCCUAGCACUUGACGCACUUUGUUUUUUCCCAGACAGUGAAGAUUUACUUAGAUUGUUUGUUUUUGAUCAGAUCUAUCGUCGUCUUUGCUGAGAACCCUAGUGACUGUGGC